AUGGAUGUCUCACUUGUACCAUGCGAAAUGAUACUUUCGGCGAAAAUCUACUUCGGCAAUCCAAUGACAAUGGAGUGCCCGCUUUUGGAUGUUGCUCAGUCGGGGCGACCCACUGAUAACAGUAAAAAUAGUUGUGGAAUUUCCCGUGCAACUUCACUGGUGCUGUUGGAACAUAAUUAUUGCAAGCCUGCAUGGAUGCUCCAAUCCUCAUCGCACAACCAUAAUCAUGAGACUGGUUCUCCUCCAGAUUGUGGAUCGACUCGGAAGAGAUUGAACGUAAAAUGGCCCAAGGAUAAUCAUGGUCUGAUCACCAAAGUCGAGGAACUUAGUUUGGCACAGAAGCCGACAAUCCACGCAAACUGCUCUGGGACUCCAGUUGAACAUGUUGAGCGGACUUCGAAUAGCUCCUGUUCAAGUCUUGAGUCAAGGCGUUGUACGUCACCGGAUAGGAAGCGUCGCAAAUCCGAAAUUGAAAGUGUUGCCCAAGAGAAGGCAGUAUCCACCCUGCCUACUCCAUCCAGUCACCAGAAUGGUGUUUGUAACAAGUCAUAUGUGGCAGCUGAGCCUUGUUCAUCGAAGACCACCUGCAAAGGCAAGUUCAAUGAUGGUAAUCUUGUGGCGGAAAACGGAUUUGCGGUGUCGACUCCUUUUCACAGAUCAAAUAUUACUACAAUGAAGGCUAGUGACCCGGUCAACUAUGGGAGUGACUCUUGCAAAAGUGUUUGUGUUUUGGUUUUCAGCAUUUUCCAGUUGUUCAUUGAUCGCUUAGCUAUCUCAUAUACUACCUCUGAGCCCUGUUCUUCAAAAACGGUAAUCAAUGGCGUAAACAAGAACAGUUCCGAUGAUUUUGAAGCGGAUAAUGAAUUCAUGAUGUCAUUCCCUUUUUACGAAAGCUCGUUAGCCCGAAUGCUCGGUCGAUUACCUGCCGUGAACCUUGCUCAUCGAGCGACAGGUACAGUAGUGAUAGUCUUCAGGCGGAUAACGCAUAUAGUGAUGUCCUUCCGUUUUGAGGGACCAAAUUCCAUCACACCAAAAUCCAAAAUUGAAUCAAAUGGUGGCACCUCAUCCGGACCUCCAUGUAAGAGUGUUCGUCCAAAGACCCUUAGUGAGCCCUUAACUAAUGGCCAUCGAAGCAACAAACAAGAAGAAGCGGUCGUGAAGUCACAAACUUUUGCAGUGGAACCAUCUUCGAAUAAUGGAACCCGAAAUUCGUCUCAAUAUCAAGGCGAUGUUAACACUAAGCGGGUAUGCGAACUACCCGGGAAAGGAAAGAAAACAUCGGAAAAACCGACUGAUGUGAAAGAAGCUCGCACAGAGAAGUCAGCUGAUAAAGGACUCUGUGUGAAAACUUUGGAACCAUCGUCACGAGCUCGUACGCUAUCGGGUAAUGAACUAAGUAGGAAUAAAAUAGGCAGGAAAAGCUUUCCGUUUUCCGAUCCCCGUUUAGAUGGAAUAUGGACAUUCAACAAUUUCUCUCCCAUUAAAGGCCGAAAACAUUUCCCAGGUAUCGUGAAUGUUGGUGUUUCAUGUUUUCUUAAUAGUGUGAUGCAGGCACUGGUCCAUUUGGCCCCAUUCACUCGUUAUAUUGUUGAAAAGCACGAACAUUUGCAGGGUGCCCAGAAAGGUCCAUGUGUGUCUUGUGCGUUACGCCACAACUAUUUCAAAGCAGCUUUCCAGUAUCCUCGUAAACUGGAUCUUUCCUGGAUGACGAAGCGUUACUGGAAACAAAUUUGUGGAAGACAUUACACUUAUCAACAAGAGGACGCUCAUGAAUUUUUGUUAAAUUUCAUUGGUACAUUGGAUCGUGAGUCUUCGGAACGUUCUAAGAGUGAUCCAAUCCCUAAACCGACUCCACUCGAACAAAUCUUUUUCGGAAAAAUACGAAAGGAAAUGGCAUGUUCGUGUGGAGCAUUCAAGAUUCGGUACCAGAAGUUCCUAGAUUUAAAUCUUGCCAUACCUCCUAAUACAAACCGUCAUCAACGACUAACGACCACGGAUCUGUUGAAGUUUUUUGUGAAGAAGCAGCAAGUUGAACACAAAUGUGAACGAUGUGGAAGAAACAUGUGUCACACGUACCUCAUUUAUCGGUGUCCCGCAAUUUUGAUUUUGCAAGUCCUGUGUUUUAACAAUGCUGGUAAUAAAAUUUACCGACAAAUAGAUAUAGAGCGAUUUUUAUCAUUGAAUCCAUUUACCUAUUCUAAACAAGAGGACGGUUUAUAUGAAUUGACAGCGGUCGUAUCACAUGAAGGUGUUCUCAAUAAUGGUCAUUAUAUUGCUAUGGUCAAGGGUUUCGACAAGAAGUUUCGCUACUUCGAUGAUGAACUUGUUAGCGAUAUGAAUCCUCACGGCCGACAUGGCGGAUUUUACCCAUAUCUUAUAAUAUAUAGGUUGAAAACCACCGGUGACGUUAAACACGAUUCUAAUGAACGGAGUGGAUUAUCUCCAUCACCUAACAAACUGGCUCCGAAAUCGUUUGUUCAAGAUAAGAACGGUACAAUACCGGCAGCGAACUCUACCAAAAGGAAUGGACAGUUCUCAAUCAAAAGGUCGUAUUCCGCCGACUAUUUAACCCCGGAUUUCGCUCGUUCUGGAAAAGCUAAGCUGCCCUAG